CGGACUCGGGAUCGUCAUCUCCCCGGACUCGGGAUCGUCAUCUCCCCAGACUUGGAUUCAGAGUCUGCAUGGCCUCGGGGUCAGAGUCUGCACGGCCUCGGGCUCAGAGUCUGCACGGACUGGGGAUCAGAGUCAGCCCGACUCGGGAUCGGCAUCUCCCCGGACUUGGAUUCGGAGUCUCCCCGGACUCGGGGUCAGAGUCUCCCUGGACUCGGGGUCAGAGUCUGCACGGACUCGGGAUCGUCAUCUCCUCUGACUUGUGAUCGGCAUCUCCCUGGACUCGGGGUCAGAGUCUCCCCGGACUCGGGGUCAGAGUCUCCCCGGACUCGGGAUCAGAGUCAGCCGGGAUCGGCAUCUCCCCGGACUUGGAUUCAGAGUCUCCCGGGACUCGGGGUCAGAGUCUCCCCGGACUCGGGGUCAGAGUCUCCCGGGACUCGGGGUCAGAGUCUGCACGGACUCGGAGUUGACAUAAUGGAGCUCCAGAACCUGCUCCUCCUGCUGCUCGCGGGGGCCCUGGCCCUGACCGAGACCCUGGAGCGCUUCCACUCUCUGAUGUAUUUUGACACCGCCGUGUCCCGGCCCGGCCUCAGGGAGCCCCACUUCAUCUCUGUGGGCUAUGUGGACGACACGCAGUUCGUGCGCUUCGACAGCGACGUGAACCGGAGGACAGAGCCGCGGGCACCGUGGAUACUGCAGGUGGAGCAGGAGUACUGGGACCAGAAUACACGGUAUGCCCAGAACACCGAGUUCUUUUUCAGAGCCAACCUGCUCACACUGCUUGGCUACUACAACCAGAGCAAGGCCGGCUCUCACACGCUCCAAUGGAUGUAUGGCUGUGAGGUCCGUGAGGAUGGGCGCUUCCUCCGCGGGUACAUGCAGUUUGCCUAUGAUGGCAAGGACUACAUUGCCCUCAACGAGGACCUGCGCACCUGGACCGCUGCCGACACAGCAGCCCAGAAAAGCAAGCUCAAAUCUGAGAGAUCCAGUGAGGCAGAGCACCACAGGACCUACCUGGAGCGCGAGUGCGUGGAGUGGCUGCACAGAUACCUGGAGAUGGGAAAGGACACUCUGCAGAGAGCAGAUCCUCCCACAGCACAUGUGACUCACCACCCGGUCUCUGACCAGAAGGCCACCCUGAGGUGCUGGGCCCUCGGCUUCUACCCCAAGGACAUCACACUCACCUGGCACCGAGAUGGGGAGGACCUGACCCAGGACACGGAGCUGGUAGAAACCAGGCCUUCAGGGAAUGGAACCUUCCAGAAGUGGGCAGCUGUGCUGGUGCCUUCUGGAGAGGAGCAGAGAUACACAUGCCACGUGGAGCAUGAGGGGCUGCCUGAGCCCCUCACCCUGAGAUGGGAGCCUCCUCAGCCCACUGUGCUCAUGUGGGGAGUCAUCGCUGGCCUGGUCCUCCUGGCAGCUGUGCUCAUUGGAGCUGUGGUCACUGUUGUGAUGAUGAAGAGGAAGCUCUCAGGUGGGAAAGGAAGGAGCUAUACUAAGGCUGCAGCUUGAAACAACUGUUUUUUGGGGGACUGAACUAUCCAAGUCUUGCUCAAGUUUCCACCUCUGUGUCUUCAAAAAGCCUUGCCCUCCCUUGCUGCAAAGACAUCUGAGUGUGUUCCUGUGGCACAGUGUGAGGUGGGAGCCUGGCCCUUCCAGCCCAGCGUGGGCGCCUCCAUCCCUGUCUCAAAUCAGCUGCACCUGCUGCAGCUCCAUCCUUCCCUGUGCAAAUCUGAACAGCAAUUCCUCAUUGCAAUUCUUGUUUGAGAAAUUGUUAA